GCGGCGAAUAGCGUUCGCUACAACAGCGAAGCAGCCAAUGCGGGUAUCUCGCAAUACAAACACGACGUCAUUGCGUCUUUCAUGCAGCUCACAAAUUGCUCGCGUUGCCGUUUCGUUAAUUCCGAACACCACCGCUUUGCCGAUCAGACCGCCAACGCUAUGCACUCUGUCCGAAAACGAGCAGCACAACCGCAAAACCAUAGUGAGAACAAGCCUUCCUGAGCUGUACCCUUCCCUGCGCCGCAUAAAUGCAACAGUCACAAUCGCAAGUCAUAUCAUCUUGAUCAAAUGCCUACGCGCCCUCUUCGUCCGUCUCACUCGCGCCUCCUCGCCCUCUCCUGAAGCCGCUCUGUGCCCAGUAGAUGCCAAAGCCGACCAGCGCCAGUACGAUGAAUAGGAUGAUGAUGAUCAGAAAGACGACAAUGUUGCCCGGCAUCCUGGUGUUUGAGCGGGCUCGGGAGCCGGCAGCGAGUGGCGAUGGUCGUGCUCGCGGAGCUGCAGUAUGCGGGCGGCGUUACGCCUUCCUUGUGUAUGUUUGUCCCCUAGCUGUGUGGUAUUGCGAUGUAUGAAUUGCACACGUGUAUACGUAUUGCGCUGGGUAACGAGUAAACGGGGGGUUGUCUGUAGGGUCGUGUGUUCGUCUAACGUAUGGAAGCUGGACUUGGGGGUUGAUG